UCGUAUCGGGUUUACAAAUGACCAGCCAGCCGCUCCAAUGACAAGAACACAAAAGUGAAAUCAUUCCGCCGGGGAGAAGCAACUUUGGUCGCUGCUUUGGUCACACACUCAUCAAGAAAUAGGAUUCAUACGAUUGUCCCCUCUCCAUAUUAUCUCUGAGAGUGGAUUAAGCUUUGAGAGAGACAGGAGAUGAAGAGAGAGUAUCAGCUAAUUGGGAUGUGAGUUCAAGUCAAGUGAGCCGGCAGAUUGGACCCGUAAAGCCUCUUAAGGCAGGUGGUGGUGGGAGGAAUACACCAAGGGGAGUUUGUGUUUGUGAGAAGCGUGCGUUUGUGUGCAUGUGUCAUUCCCAGAGGAAACCUGCCUUGGUCACAGCAGCAAGGGAGGGGUUGAUCAGGUGUGCGCGCGAGCGUGUGUAGGUGGGUUGAUUGCAAGGAGAGAUCCAAGCUGAGACAGAGUUAUGGUUUCUCCGGUCUGGACGCGAUGAAGUGGCUUUGCGGGAGUUUCAGGGUUUAAGACCGGCGAGGAGGAGUAGAGCUGGGCGGACGGAGGACACUGGAAGAGAGGAGGAGGGGGGACACCACCGCCACCAAAGCGCACAGCACGGUCCCCAGUCCCUUGAUGCAGGGAUGGAGAGCUCACGGGUGCACGGGAUAACUCGGAAGAAUCUGAGGAGCAGAGGUGAAAAGCUCAACGGAAAGCCAGACAUGAGAGCCGGGCGACACCAGGGACACUUCCACCUGCCGCGGACUGUGAUUUUUUUCGUCGCGCUCACGGUGCAAACGCAGGCUGUCUGUGCGGUUGGGAUGUUUGAGCUUCAGAUCCGACACUUUCAGAACCCACAUGGACGUCUGCAAACAGGAGAAUGCUGUGAUCUCCAGGCCAGCGGAGCACAGCACUGCUCUGCCAGGGACCAGUGUGACACUUUCUUCCAGGCCUGCCUCAAGGAGUACCAGGCCCGGGUCGCCCCAACUGGAGCCUGCACCUUUGGUACCGGCAGUACGGGUAUCCUGGGUGGAAACUCCCAGUUGUUCCACCACAGAGGACACGACAGGGGGGGAGGAGGAGAGGACGGGAGUAAUGGACACAUUGUCAUUCCUUUCCAGUACGCCUGGCCGAAGUCGUUCUCACUGGUGUUGGAGGCUCUGGAUUAUGACAAUGACACAUCGGGUUCAGGCGAAGGUCAGUUGAUCGAGCGAAUCCUGCUCUCCUCCAUGCUGAACCCCGGUGAACAGUGGCAGACUUACCGUUACCACGGACGCUCUUUCAGCCUGGAGUACCGACUUCGUUUCCGCUGUCACUCCAACUACUACGGACCCUUCUGCAACAAGUUCUGCCGAGCCCGCGAUGACUUCGUCGGCCACUUCAGCUGCGACCAAAGCGGCUCCAAGGUCUGCAUGGAGGGCUGGACGGGGCCAGAGUGCAAAAUAGCGGUGUGCAGGCAGGGCUGUCAUCAAACCCACGGCUCUUGUGAUGUACCUGGAGAAUGCAAGUGUCAAUAUGGCUGGAAGGGUCAGCUGUGCGACCAGUGUAUGACGUUCCCAGGCUGUGUGUAUGGGAGCUGCACUGAACCUUGGCAGUGUGUGUGCGACGUCAACUGGGGAGGACUGCUGUGUGACAAAGAUCUAAACUACUGUGGCACCCAUCAGCCCUGUAAAAACGGCGGGACCUGUACGAACACAGAGCCCAAUGAGUAUCAGUGUGAGUGCCAGGAAGGCUUCAGAGGACGCAACUGUGACAUCGUGGAACACGCGUGCUUGUCUUCCCCGUGUAUGAACGGAGCGACCUGUGUGGAAGACCAAACAGGGUUCAGUUGCAUCUGUAGCGAAGGCUGGACUGGACACACCUGCACAGAUGCGGUGAAGCAGUGUGAUCGCAGCCCCUGUGGCCAUGGAGCAACGUGUGAAGAAGCUCCUGGAGGUUAUCGAUGCCUCUGUCCACCUGGAUGGACCGGCAGGACGUGCCAGCUGGACAACAAUGAAUGUGAGUCGAGUAUCUGCAUCCACGCCCGCUCUUGUCGCAACCUGAUCGGAAGUUACCUGUGUGACUGCCUUCCUGGAUGGACGGGGCCUAACUGUGACAUCAGGAACAGCAGCUGUCAGGGUUUGUGUUUGAAUGGUGGACGUUGUGAGGACCAGGUGUCAGGGUCCAGAUGUGUGUGUCCACCUGGAUUCUCUGGAAAACACUGCCAAAAUCGCCAACGUCUGUGUGAUAGCGCCCCCUGUCUGCACGGAGGGCAGUGUGUGGAGAAGGAUGAAAGAACAGUCACCUGCAACUGUCCCACUGGAUAUUCUGGAAACUUCUGUGAGGUCGUGUUGGACUUGUGCAAUCCCAACCCCUGUCAACAAGGCGUGCAGUGUCACAUAAUAGAUGGCAGGAACGCAUGCAUCUGUCCUGAUGGUUACUAUGGUGACGAGUGCAUGAGCCUGAAAAAUCCCUGCAUUGGUCACCACUGUCAAGGCGCCAUGUCUGACUCAGCACACGGGGGCCUGAGCUUCUACAUGAUCCUGGUGGGAGUCUUAGCUCUGGUGACGGUCUGUGGCUGUGCCGCCUGCGCCUUCAUCCUGUCCCACCUCCAUCGGAAGCGGAAAAAGCAGCAGGCUGUCCCGCAGGAAGAAGGCAUCAACAACCAGAGGGAGUUUGUCAACCUCAUCAGAAACGUGGACCGUCCGGUGCCCCAGCUGCCCGCUGCCGCCCCUCUCACAAACCCUCCAGCCCCCGCCCCCGUCUCACGUUGCUACGAGGAGAUUGAACUGACCCUACCGCCCUCCCCGGCCCCUUCACACCCUUCCCCAGCACUAAAGCCACCACAUGCUGCCAAACUGGACAUUUCAAACCAGGAGAGGGAGAAGUUGAACCGCCUCCACUAUGCAGAUAACCAAGAGCUGGAGGUCUGACCCCAUGCUGACCUUUUAAAGCCCUGAGGAGCUGUUUUUUAAAUUUACUUUGCGUCCUUAGCACUCUUUUGCUUACAGGACCCCGUCUCCAGUUACUUGCACUGUGUCGAUGUUGCAGAUAUGAAAAUUAAAGGUGACCCUCUGACCUUUAUAAACACAGAUGGCUGUGUGCAGACACCAGAGGAACAAAGGCUGCUAAGCAGAGGGGUCGAAAGAGCGUCGUCGCCAUCAUCUUUGGGCCUUCUUAACGGCCAUGAAAAAGCAGCACAGGCAUAAAGUUGAGCUGAAAGACUCAACAGUAAACUGAAAACUUAAAGACUUACAGACUUGCCUUUGAGUGCCUGUGAAACUGUCAAGAGUAAACAGGAUCUUCCUCCAUUUGAGUCCCGAUACAUUUCCUGUUCGGUGUUGCCAUCUGACUGUUGUCCAAACCUCCACUGAACUCUGACAGAAAGGAUCAGUGAACAGAUGCCUAUUUAACAUUUGCUUUUGUGUAUGGCUGCGUGUAAGUGUGUGUGAGAGUGAACGAAAGACUGGAUAUAAUUAGUUUUUGUGAGAGGGGAAACAUUUCACUCUGCUUAGAGUGAAAGUGCAUCCUCCUGAACCAAAGGCUUGCAAGCCUUCUGAGAACAUUUUUAAAACUAUACACUGAUGCCUGUUUUGUCAUGUAAUACUGCAGUUUGCCCGAGAUGUAUGGUUUUUAUCAUACUUGUGUGUAACAUAGUUGUUUUUGUACAUAAAUAAUGUUGUACAUAUUGAUGCCCUUUUUGUACUGUGAUUCAUUCUGGAAGUAUCACUGUAUUACUGUCCCCUGUUUUUCCCCUUAUACUUUCCAUUUGGAGCAACCAGCACAUGUGGAAUGUAAUAAAAGUGCAUUUACCAACUCGA